AUGGUACUUCCAGAGCGCUACUCACUGUCGACGCCGGCUCAACAGCCAGUAAACAUGCCGCCAUCGCCUCACCCCAAGACCCUCAUGGCGAUCCGGGUGAUAUUUACCGUCCUUGUAUGCCUUAUGGCUUUAGCUUGCGCGAUUAUGACGGCCAUCAUCCUCAACUAUUACCUUUCACACAAGCCGAUGAUCUUUCCGCCGCUAAGUUCUAUGAUCUUCAUUCUUUUUAUGGGCAUUUUCACGUCCAUCCUUUACUUUGGCUACUACUUGUUUUUACCAUCACUUUCUUCCAUUCGACGUGGUGGGUUGAUCGCCCUCACCUUUACGAUGAAGAUCGAGAUUUUGUUCCAGUUUGCCAUGUCAUCCAUUUGGAUCAGUGGUGCCCUAGCCUAUGCUGCGGAUUAUCGUGGCCACGAAAAUUGCAUUUGGGAUGGGUACUAUCACUGGCCGAAGCCAGCAGAUUGGGGUCAUUUGUGUGACAUGGUGAAUUGGGUCGUGGGUAUGGCGUACGCCACUUUUGGUAUUCAGGUUGCGUUUCUCGCCUUUGACUUGUUUAUGGCAAUGUACAUGUUUAUGUUUGUGGACCAAGACUCGCUGAGCGAACCCUUUUAUGAGUGGGGGACUCGCGCAUGGGAAUACAAACAUGGGGCUGCGACGCCUAUUGCAUCCAUGUCGAAGCCCAUGCAGUACCGCGCCAAGUCAGCUACGCCUGAUACCUACCGGGAGUCGCACUUGUACGAUCCACACAGCGAAAAACAAAGCUUUGAAAGUCGCUCAGACAGCAGUCAAACUCUUACUCAAGGCCGAUCGAGUCGCCGUGGAGCUGCCUACAGUGAUCCAAGUUACUCUGGCAGCCUUUCCUCGGAAGACAGCAGCACAUUGGAAGGCUCGUCUCAGUAUUAUGGAGGUGCCUAUGCUCGUCAGACAAACAAUAGUCGUCGGGCUGGUCUUCCAGAAGCACCCACACCGGCUGGCUCAGGUGGCACCAGCUCAGGGGCGCCAUCCUGGAUCGCCCCAACGAUUACAUCUGAAGGUGAAUCAACACGCCGCGCCCCGUCGUCUCUGCGCAGCGCACCCCACAGAGUGCGCGUUGCCUCAGCACCUACAUCGCUAGGUGCUCGAGGUCGUCGUGGUGCCAGUUAUACUGGAUCUGACACAGGUCUGCAAACUAUUGAUGAUAUUGAAGACGAGAGAAGUGCAGAAGAUUUUGCACCGACGAUCCGUCAAAAUGCUUCCAAACACAAAAAAGCAAGUGAAGCGCGUGCUCGCCGUCGCGCGAGUUUGGAUGAGGAGAGCGUGUGGCAUCUGAGAGAAGAAUAA